GUGUUGUCGGAUCAACAUCGGAAUUUGAAAUCGCUUCCGGACUUGAGGCCGUUUCUAUUUUGGGAAAGUCAAUUCUGUUGCACUUUUUGUGUUCUGAUUAAGCUAAUAGAACAUCCGAAAAGUAUAUUAUAUAACUGAUAAUUUUUGAUUGCGCAAAAAUAUUGUAAAACUUGUACUUUCAUGACAUUACCAGUGACCACAAGGAUUAAUGAAAAUUGGCACUUUUGGAUUAUCUGUAAUAACGUAGCGUGUUUGUAGAGUAACUUUGAGUUGUUUAAAAGCAAUAAUGUGUACCAGACUGCGGUGAUCGGCAGCAAUUUAUUCGAAGUUAAAACAAGUGGAAUACAUUCGGCUGGACCAGUCACUGUGCGAGCUCAGGCCUAGCUGCUGCAGUGGAAACAUAUAAACGGAAACUCGACUCUAUGUCGAAAGCGGGAGGAAACAGAUAAAAGCGCAUAGUUCAUCAAUUUUAACAAUGCAGUGUCGGUUUGGAACGAUGGUGGGCGCCGGUGGUUGGCCUUAGUGAUCUUUCAGCGAAAAUUUUCGGCCGACACAGCGAUGAUGGUCUAGCCGGAAGGGAAUUCUGAGUGCGAGAAUUGCGAGAAGGACGGGUGCUGAAGCAUAAAUGAAAUAAAUUCUCUUGUUACCCGGUAUGCGGUGGUGGUGAAAACAUAUUUUCAGUGUUCUGUGUUAAUGUGCCUAAUUGCACCCAAACCACGUUGACGAGGAAUGCUUCACAAUGGGAUAGCCAUCGAGUCAUCGACAUCGAAAGCAGGGUUAGACCCUGGCAACCGGCAGCAGCACAAAGCCGAACUCAAGACAAGGAGGCACAUUCCUCAAGAGAGGAAAUUAUUUCGCCGGUAGCCUACUUACAGGGACAACACUCAGUCGGGCUCGGUAAAUCGUUUCGGCACAAUCAGCGUGGUUCCAUCAGUGGCAUCUAAAUAACUGUUGGGUUGGGAAGAAAAACCAUCUUGCCACAGUCAUUGGUGGAGGGAAUUAAUGGGAAGAAAAAUUAUUUCAUUUUGAUGGUCAUUUAAUAUGACAAGUGGAAGAUAAGAAGAAAAUAGCCAAUGGUGAAAUGUUAAAAGAAGGAUCCUCAAGGAGAUUUCCGUGUUGAGAACUUGUACAAACGUUUGUGCAAAAGUGUGAGAUUGUGCAUAUAAACGGUUUUAUUGAACCUUGAAGGCUUACUCCUCCGUAGUUCGGUAUUAAUUUGUGUGAAAAGCAAACCAGGAAUAUUGAUAUUCGUGAGAGGUUUACAGAGAAAAUUUAUUGUAUUUGUUGGGUAGGCCAAAAAUGUUUGGUUCCAAACUACGAUCAUGGAUGGAAAAUCAUAUUGUGCGACCGAGAAAAAAAGGAAAUAAGAACAAAAACGGCAACAGCACCAGCAACUUUGGAAUUUUAACCGUACAAAAUGGUCACGCCAAAGGGAUAUCCUACACAGCGGACGGCAGCACUACUAUCGGAAGCCCAGCCAGGCGAAGUGAAGUUUCGCCCAUUCAGAAUCAUACUAAAAGUCGUCGCGGUUGGCAAUCGCCCAAUCAGGACCAGGCCCCUUCGCUGUCACCCAGAUCCGACGAGUACCACCAUUACCAGCUGCAGCAAAAUAUCCGUGGAACCACAACAGCACCAGUGUACGGCAAUGGAACGCUACCAUCAUCGGGAGGCGGACAUACAUCAGUGAGUUCUUUCGGAAACACUGGCUACAACGCCAACGGGUACCUAACACCACAUCAGCAACACCAGUCUGUUCCGCACAGUACAAUUUCGUCGCCGAAAAGUAUCUUAAAACACAACUACGAAACUCUGCAAUCAAGCGGCGGAAACUAUUCCAAAAGUGUAGACAAUAAUUAUUCACACACAAUGUAUGGGCUACAGGAAGAAGGAUACCGAAAAUCCGCUGCUAGGUCGAGUAUAGUGGCUACAAAAAAUGCCAAUUGCAAUGGGAGCUACGGAAAUGUGAUGGUCAAUUCGUUAAACUAUUCCACGGCGACUAGUUCAAGUAACGAGCUGUUGGAGGAUUUGCACCACAUUGAACAGAACAGAAUAAAAAAAGGUCAACAUAUAAAAAUCAGUUCCAGCUCGUCAUCAUCAAUAAACUCGAAUAACAACAUGGUAAAUAAUAACAGCUUUAUAGGCAGCAAUAACAAUAUGUACAUUGCGAAUAAUGGGUUCGAGACACAGGGCAAAUACACCAAAAUUCAAAGUUUACCUGGUAAACAACAGAUUUCGCAACAGUACUCAAAUACCGGAGUCUAUUACGAACAGCAUAACAGCAUCAAUAACAAUUUGGUGCACACGGUCAGUCAAUAUCCAUCUCCCCAGGAUCUAUUGAAGCCCGUAGGCACUGCGCCCACUGCCAGCAAAGGUCAAAACAUUGCUAAAAGUAAUCGGCUUAUUACGAGCAGGAACAGUAAUAACAAUAAUAACAACGGCUUUGAAAUAUGUGCCGCAAAACCAAGCAGUGCAAGCUCCAACCAAUCAAACACCAGCAGCUCAACAUUAUCAAGCUUCACCCAGAAAUUUCACAAAUUGACUGGCACUAGAAACUCACUUGACGCAACCGCCAAUGGCAGCAAACUAAAUCAUGUGAACAACAACAUCCACAAUAACAAUGGCAGCAGCAACUCCAACGGUGACCCUUCCGGUGCACCAUCUGGUGGUCCGGCCAUCGCUUAUCAUCUGCACAAAACACUCCAACCACCAACGCAGCCUCCGCACCAACAGCCAGCAGUGCAGACCCACCACGGCCACCCACUCGGCAAUGGUGCGAGCAACGGUCACCAUUCGCACUCGCAUCCUCACCCCCAUCCGGUUGGACAUCAUAAUACUCUCUCCUCGCCGGAAAGUGCUUAUUCCACUGGGUACUCCACCGACGGCACCUCCCCCGGUGGCUGCUCCUACACACCCGAGUACUACAUCAACAUCCGGACCGGCACCCAUUACUUCCCGAAAGGACUGACGGCAUGCAGCGGUGGAGCAGCUGGUGUCGGAAGUGGCAGUGGAGCCUACGAAAAUGGAAACAAAUUCAAAUGUGGUCUCAACCGAAUCGAGGAGAAACACGUCGAGUUUUCCGUCGAGGACUUGCCAUCUCCUAAAAAGAUAUGCGAAUACAGCAAAGAAAAUUCGGUUGUUGGUUCGUCUACUACGGCAAUUCUCAAAAGUGGUUCUAGUAUUAACAAUAAUAAUGCCAACAAUAUUAACAAUAAUGGGAACUUAUCACAGCAGCAGCAGCAGACCAUGCAAAAUGCGGUUGCAAUGAGUCCCAUCAUGCAAAAGAAUCUUGGCAUGCAGCACUAUCGCAGUAUUGAAUCGCCAUCUCCAAGACAGCGAUGCCGAAUCAGAACAAAUCCAUGGCUUUCGACCCUGGACGGAUCUCUUGCUGGCGCCAAUUUGAAAAAGACCGACCAAGACUCGGGUUCAACCACUUCAUCCGGCAUCAAAUCGAGCAGCGGCACCGAUGACAAUAAAAAGGAUCCCAAGAAACCCAAUGUCUUGUCUGAUUCGGACUCUAGCUCUUCGACCGAGAAGGUAGUCAGUAAAAUGCUUCUAACUCCCAGGAGCAUACGGAAAGGAGCGGCCGAUUUGUCCCGAUUGGACAGUAAGGCAACAACCAACUGUUCCAAUCUGGACAGCGAUGAGGACGCAACUUUAAAUGAGAUGAUGGGUAAAUUCGACGAAAGUUACCACUACGAGAAAGAGACUGAUAUCUUAAGCUGCAGUGACUCUGACCCAACAGAUUGCCCGACGGACAUUGACACCGGACAGGAUGCCGGAGACGAAUGCGAUACGGACGAUUUGUUGGACUUGGACUUCAUCGAUACCGGUUCCGUGCUGGAGGUUAUCGAUAAGGAAAAUUACAAAAAUACCGGUAGUUGUUCCUAUCAUAAUUUCCCGGAGCGCCGUUCCUCGAAGCAUCGUGGCCGAAGCAAGCGGAACAGCGAAAGCGGAGGUUCGAAAAGACGGAAGAAAUUGGUUCGCACUCGGAAAAAGAAUACCGACCAAACGAGUGGAACUUCACCGGCUGGAAGCAUGGCUGCAUCACGAGGCUGCAGAAGUCUCGGAGGAACUCCGGUAUCGCUGAGAAGAAAUCAAUCGGAAGAACGAACGCCAAUUAACAGCUCCCCACUGACAAACAGAUGUAAUUCCUUAACGUUCACCGAAGUGCAUUCACUCCACAGUCGAAUACUUGCGAUUUCGGAAAGUGAGAAAGCUCUCCUCAAGGCAGAUCUUGAGGCCGACGUGAAGUACAAACAGUUAAUCCACGAAGCGGAAACCAUUUUGUUUUCUAUGAGAACAAACAGCGUAAAGGAACUGAAAGAAAUCAAGGAGCCGCCGUCUAUUUGCAGUCCAAGAAGAAUUUGCAAUCCACCAGCGAAUAAAAGAGUUGAAAUACUACGCAACUGUGAGGCAGAUUUGAAACGGGAGUUGGCUAAAACAUGUUCGCAAAAAUGUUCCGAGAAUGGAUCCGAACUCAAUCCAGUCGAAGGCGUCAUAAUCAAUAAGCGAUUGGAAGUCCUCCGCUACGAAACGUCUAUGUCAGCACCGAACAGCCCUAAAAAUACUCGGGUGAUCCCGAGAAAGACCCAUGUGACGAAUUUCAUCAAUCAAAACCAUUGUACGGAACUGGCACGUCGCCAGAGUGAUAAUGAAAAUGAUCUUAAAAGUGCCAAAAUGUCUCCACAGCCAGUCUCUUACGAGCGUAACAUCGUACCUCCGAAGUCGCCUAUCAUUGCCCGCAGACGGUUCCGCAGUCAAAGCCCUAAGAUUAACAUUGAAUCAGAUUCGGACUCGGAUGAUCUGAGCCGGAAUUUGGAUAAGAACCAUUGCAAGAAUAAGUCCAACAAGGAAAACAUCUCUUCAGCGAGGAAGAGCAUUACAGGGAAACAGUUGAACAACUUUCGACAUACGAUCCACGGCGGGGGGUCAGCAAUCGACGCCAAUGUGACAGUUCCCAGUGGCAAAACGAUCGUGUAUUCCAGUUCGCUAAAUGAAAGUGAUAUGAAACGGGGCCUGCACAAGUCACCACUCAUGUCGUUUCGAUCAGUUGACAUCGGUAACAUGCUGACCGAUGAUAGCUACUGUCCUCAGAGUGAGCCCCUGAAGAGAAAAAUUUACACCUGUAGCUCCACGUUCGAGAAAAUCCAGCGUAGCCUCGAUGCCGAUCCGGAACUAUCGAAAAAAGCUUUGCUGAAUAAAAUCACUCUCUUGAGACGCGAGCGCCUUUCGAAGACGAAGCAAGAGAACAACUGUAAGCCGGGACACGAACCAACUGACGCAGUGGCAGCCGUAGCUGUUUCAGCAGUCGCACAAGCUAACGAUAACGGUAACGUUUCGGUUAAAGUUAGUUGCGAGCUUUCCGGCGGCGCUCGUGAUGCGGAAGCCAAGCAACAGCUAAUCAUGAGCACACUGGCCGACAUCAAGCGAAGUCUCGAAGAUCAAAGCGUUGAACUGAACGAGCUGAACGAUUCGGAUUAUUGAGGAAGUUUUUCUUUCGAAACAGGUGGUAUGGUAAAUCGUGUGCACGCAAAUGUGUAGCCCACUACGGUAAUUAUUUUACUGAUUGAUUGAACAAAGAACCGAUUGAAAGGAAACCCGUAUGUGAUUGGUGAUAAUUAAGUUUAUACGUACCUACAUGUACUUAUUUAUAGACUUUGUGUUUUGAACUGUUCUCUAAUAAUGAUUAAGUCUAGGUUCAAAUAUUUUUCGGGAACGUUAAUAUGAUUGACGUUCGAUUUUUUCUAGAACAAUUAUUUAUUCGAUAAGAACUAUCUAGAAAAUACAAUGAAUUUACUAUUUCUGAGAAUCGUUUACUCAAACGAAACUGGAUUCCUGCGCGGAAGAAUGUUGGCGAAACACUUAAAAUGUUCUCACUCCAUGAUUGUAUACAACAUUCCUUCAACACCAUAUUCUACUAAAAAGUAUUCCACUCCAACAGUAAUUUAACCAAAAAAUUAUACGUAGUAGAAUCAAUAGGACAUAUUUUAUUUACCCUGAAACGACGCAGGUCACUUGGCGAAUGCAAAUUAAUUAGUUUACAUGUAAACUAUCGAAACUUGUAUUAACUAAAUUUAAAAAAAAUUCGUUAGAUUUUCUAGUUAUAUAGAAACCUGAAACUAAUUUGGUAGUGUUUUCCAUCCAUCCAUUAGAUUGUAGUGAUUAUCCGAGUCUAGUCAGUUCAUCUAUUCGUCAAUAAAAUCUUACUUACAGCGCUAUUGAUAGAAACUGGUUUUUCCUAUUGAAACCAAGGAAACUAUAUUACAAACUAUUCUACUCGGACAUUUAGUAUUAUGUGAAAUAUUACCAUUGAUAUAGUUUGUAGUAAUUUGUGUUACCAAAAUCCACUCAAAUAAGAAUAGAUUUUGCACUGUAAGUAAACCACGGAUACAAUUCAGUAGCGAGUAGGUAGGUUGUUCUACUAAGAUUCUGCAGUUCAUUAUAGUUGAUCAUAUAGUGGAGACAACAUUUGUUUUUGAUUAAUAGUUUGGUAUUCAAGUAGUCCGACGUAGCAAAUAGUUCAAUUAUAAUUUCAAUAGAUAGACGGUAAUAGACGGGGACAUUAUUUUAUUUAUGUACUUUAUAAUCUCAUUUCAUAGUUGACAUUUUCAUUAGUCACGGGUUAAUUUAUGUUUGAAAUAAUGUAAUAUCAACCUUAUAAAUACAGUGAAAUGUGUGCUCCUUUCAUAACGCUAACGUUCUGAACCACUGAAUGCGAAAAGCGGAUAAGUGUAGAUUAUUGUCAGAAAGUUUUUCUGGCCCGACUAGGCGAAUCACCGAAAAAAAUUAAUCUACACUGAUUGUAAAGAUAGUAAACGUACAUAAAUUUUCUUGCAAAUAUUUAGAAACAAGAAUUGAAUAGAAAGUUACUACAGUUCUUUAUUUUUCAAUAAACUUUAAUAACAAAGCUCAGCGUUAAUUUCAUCUAUUUCUUAGUACUUUCAUGUCGUGUAAAUUUCAUUAUUUUUGUCUGUGUACGCUUAUCCGACGUUUGCAUCCGGCCGUUCAACGAAUUAUCCAAUGCAUGAAACAUCUAGUCUUAUCUGCAGAAGUGUGAUGGGCAAGGCCUUCUCGAGCCGCAACAAAAGUAACUUAGAAUCUUCGAAGCUUUUGAACAUUUUCAAUACACUCAAGCUCCAGUUAACCAAACAAAGAGCUUUCCCUUGCAUUCGUUUUUACUGAUGAGCUGAACGAAAUCGGUACAGUUUUUUAACCAGGCACGCUUCACUCGAACCCCUGCUUGCCAAAAAAGUUGCUUAAUAAAAAAAGCAACCAGCUCAUACGUUUUUGUAUAUGGUGUGCACCAAUCAGAAGUUUUGAGUUUAUAGGACGGUAUCGAAGCAUAGCUUUUUGGUGCAAAGUAAGGUCAUCCAUUAAUACUGCUAUCACUUGGACGUAUUUUCUGGAAGUCUGAUUCUUUCCGUUGCAAUAAACGAACACAGUUAUAUUCGUUACACUCCAACACUAUACCAGUUAGGUAAGGUAAGGUAGUUUCGUAUCGCUCCGAAAUCCUUCACUGAAUUUUCACGGUAUUUUUUAUGCGAAUUUUCAAAGCAAUGCAGUUCUUUUUAAUGCGAAAUAUCAAAAUUAUGCCUGUUUUACGUUUCGCAUUCCGCUCAUCAGUGCAUUAGCAGAUUAUGUUGGACUGCUAAUGCCACCUCGUGGAUCAACAUAAUCUGCUAAGCAAACGUAAAGUCAUUACUAUUUACAACGCACUUUUUUGCACUGAAGUGCAAUGUCUAUCCCGACAUCUCAGACGAAAACGAAUUUAUUCGGUUUCCUUGAUUUGAAAUAAACAAAACAUUAGACUAUUUUAUUUUUCAAAAAAAAAUUAUAACGCAACAGAACUAUAGUUUGCAUGGAUUUCUACAACAUUUGGCAACAGAAAACGGAUAUACAAGCUCGCAAAUGAACAGUGUGUAUAACUUGCUCAUUCAGCAUGGCGAAUAAUUGCAGAUGUCACCGCGAUCGACACUAUUUUGGGUGCCGCUUCAACAUGAAACACUAUUUCGGGUGCUACAUUCACUUCACGCUAGAUUUUUGUGUUGCUGUUGGCUGAAGCCACAAGUCUUUUUUUUUUUGUUUUAUUCCGAUUGAAUUCACGUAUGGUUCAAACGACAUGGAAAUAAAAUUGUCUUUUACACUUAUGUUCAAAUCGUUAUAAUUGAAAUAGUUCUAUAAUAGGCAGGAGAACUUUGUUAUCGUCCCGGAACGUAGUGAUAAGUUUUAAAAAUCACUCCUUGAAUACAAUGUACAGCAAAUUUAAAAUCUACACAGUUUUUUGAAUAAUUUUGUUAUCUGUUAUCUAUGAUUUGGCAAAAAAAACAAUUUCGAAAAUCUCAAAAAGUCCAAAAAUCGAUAUUUUUAAAUAAAACUAGCUAAGAUUAGAUCAUGAUGUUUCAUGAGUUUUGAAGAGAUCUGUGCAACAAACAUAUUUUUUCCUUAGCUAUGCAGUAUUGAUGCGAAUUUUCAAAGUUAUGCGAUUUAUUUUCAUGCGAUUUUGUUUAAGCGCUGCGUGUCCCACGCAUAAAAAAGGCGGGAGGGUAAUGUCAGAGACAUAACUGGAUGUCGUGAAUACGAAAACAACCGGCAAGAAUUUGAAACGAUGCACCUAAACUAAAGUUUAGAUUGUAACUACAUUAAACAUUCUGAAACACAAAUAAAUAUUAUCAUGAUAUGAAAUAACCAGUAUAGUUCAUUAUAAUAAAAAUACAGAUUAAUCUGUAUACGUGGCUUUCAUUUUCGCAUUGAGUGAUUCGUAAUUGAAUGUGUUAGUGACGGUGCAAACUAUGUCUACUUCCAUUUUUAAAAUCUGAUGCUUUUGGUACGAAAGAGAAAAUUCAAUUAAUUUUUUAUGAUGAUUUGCAGCACUGAAAAGUGCUUUGAAUUGUCACGACCAACAGGAUCUGCAUUCCGAUCCGAGAUGGUUCUUUGCGUGUACAUUGAUGACUUCAGCUGGUGUGGUGUGCUGUGUGGCGCGGCAUGGCUGCGACUACCGCUCGCUGCCUUUCAGCGUGAAGUCUUCGAUGUUGCUCCCACAACCUAACUGAGCAGCGUUCCCACGACGACUGAUGACUUCAGCUGGCAGACUUCUGGUGUAGUAACGCUGUGUGCUCGGCCCGAUGUUACUCUCGUGCUUCUAUAACCGUUGCUUACAAAAUGAUAGAAAAAGUGAAAUAUUCAGCUUUUAUAUCACUGGAGAAGCACACAUUUUGUUCUCUUCCUCAGAACGCGUUCUGAUUGGCUGGUCAAUCAGACAGGUUUUUCAAUAGUGUACUUUUGAAAAACGUUCAAGUUGAAAAAUUUCGAAUCUAUUGGUACUUAGAUUAUAUAAAUCCUUCCACAGAUCACUGAACUAUUAGCUUUGAAAAUACGAGAAAGGCAAAAAAGCUUAAUGUGUUUUCCUCUUUGAUACUCGUUGAUACCAAGCAUUUCAGAAAAGUUUAAUUUUGAAUUAUUUGAGAUAAGGUCAGAUAACUGAAAAUUUUAUCACUUAAUAGUGAUCAUAUUUCCGAUGACAUGUAGAAAAAAAUAUGUCGAUACGUUAGAUGCAACAAGAGAUAUUCACGAUCAAAAACUUAUCACUCUCUUAGGGGGUAAAUUUUGAAUAGGCGCCCCAUAGUGAAGUAAGUCGUAUUCACGACAAAAAGACUUGAGUGUACAGAAAACAAACGAGCAAAGAAAAAGUUCUUUUUCAAAUCUGAAGUAAUAACCCUUGAAAUGUGAAAUUUUCGAAAUGACAUCCUGCACUGUAUAUCAAGGAAAGCCAUAGUUCUACGUCAAAAUUCUUGACACUCUUGCCACGCGAAAACCUUAGGACCCACAGGAAUAUCGCGCUUUCCAAACGAGACAUUUCUUAUUAUAUUUAGUUUCAAUUUAACGUUUUCGGAGGAUUAAAACGAAGUUUUUUUGCUAUUUAUCUAUUUUUGUUUCAUCAUUCAUGACAAUGUUUUGAAUUGGGCAAUACUGAUGAUAUUCAUAUUGUUAUUGGAAAAUUGGAAAUAUUCUCUUACUUUUUAAAUUUGGUCAGUAUCUAACGAGGACACAGAUUGGAAAAAUGACGUGCGAAUGCAACAAUUUACUGAAAACCGCGAAGAUGUUACCGCAGAGACGGUUUUCAUUGAAUAGUUGUGACUCGAACCAUCUAAGUCGUUUCCAUAAGAUACAUGCAAAAAAUAAACUGAAAGGUCCCACAUUACCAGAUCCGAAUGGAUUUCGAAUAAAUUCCGAAUCGGCGAGAAAUUUUCAUUCGGAAUUUCAUGUGGAAAUCAUAAUGAAUUCCGAAUCAAUUUUAACUCCAGUGCAACAACCGAUUCCGAAUGAAUUUCGCCUACAACCGGUUGAUUCGAAAAUCUGUCGGAAUUGAGUGAGAAGAUGUGGACUGAAUUGUCAAUUCGUCUUCUUCUUAUUCUUUUUAGAUUAUGCACGUUUUCGUUUUAAUUUUCAGUUUAUUUUUAGAUAAAACAUUAUAUAAUGAAAUCAAUAAGUUUUUCGGAUAUACAGAACUAGUAAAUAACCAGUUUUUCUUAGAAUUCGCUGGAAAGUAACAAAACGGCCUACCUUAGUCAGAAUCAUCCAUUCCUCUAGUGUAGUGAAAUGGCUUAAGUCGCCUAACUUUUACAAUAACACGUUCAUAGAACAAGCGAAUAUUCAAUGACAUUUAUGUCACUGUCAAUCGGGUUGAUGGAGCACCCAACUCAGGCGAAAGUUCUAGCACUGAACCGAUCGAGCACUGGAAAAUCAUGCAGUCGAGUAAGAAUUCAUUGCUCAUUCCGUCAUUUUGAUAAUGUGGGGUUGAGUUAUAUCUACUCAAUAGCAAAUUAUAUUUAAUAAACUGUUUAGCCAUAUUUAAUCAAUUUUAGGUUGAAUGCGGCCAACCAAAUUUUAACUUAUCGAACAAAACUCUCGAUGUCCGGUGGUUUUGCUGUUUAACAACAAUGGAAGGAACGAGAGUAAGAAAAGAAUACAAACAAUUCAGCAUUGAGCAAAAAGUCAAAUAAUAGGUACUUUUUAUUUUCUGUGUAGUCAAAAUGGUGAACAUGUUUGAUUUUUUUUCACUUCUCAAGGUAUUAGUGAACCGAAUGACGUGAAUACGAAUAAAUUGGUUCAUUGUGAAGAAUCUGUACUCAGGAACCAAAUUUUGGAGCCGAAUGCUAGAACUGAAUUCUGAAACCUAAUUUUGAUACUAGACUCUGGUACUGAAUUCUGAACCUGACCUUGGGAAUUGCCUUCUGAAACUGAGCUCUAGACACCAAAAAUUUUGAAUUUUACAGGUGACCUAAUCCCUCAUACGAUGUAAUUCAUAAAAACCUAAUUUGUCAAAUGACGUAAAAUUUCUUUAUUGUUAGAUUAGUAUGAAAUUUACUAGUUUUCACUGUACCUUGUAUUCUGCUACCAGGUACGACUGUAUGCAUUUAAAUGCACCUUUUACCAGCCAAAAAGAUGUGUGCUUCUAUGGCACAGUCGAUUAACAGACGGGCUUUGCGAUCUAAAGAUUCUCGGUUCAAGGCGCGGCAGUCGCUAACAUUAAUCAUUUUUUUAUUUCAAUAAAUUCCAUGUCAUUUUAUUUAUUAUACAAUAUUGAAUGUUCUUCUAAGUAAAUUUGCGUGAACUGCGACGCUUCCUUCAUAUGCAUCUAAUAAGAUGUAAAAUCACAGGGUUUUUUCGAAAUGUGUAGAACUGAAGUCGUGAUCUGGAUUGUUGAACUGGUCCAUGAAUCAGUGAUCUGGAACUGAAUUCGAGACCAGGAUUCUGGUUCGGAACUGAGUUCUGAGUUUUAGUUACAGAAUUCCGGUCCAGGAUUCGAUUUUUAAACUCGGAUUUAGAAUUCAGCAUUGAAACUUAGUUCUGUAAUCCCGAUGCCGAAUUUAGUUCGAAAAUCUUCAGAAUAUAUUUCCUGAAUUAAGUUAUACUUUUAGAAUUGUGAAAGUGAAUUUUGGAAUCAGAUAGACCUGCUUUCGGGUACUGGAACCUGCUUUCUGAAAUGCAUUUUUGAACUGAAUUCUGGAAAUACAACUGAGUUUUGGAUCUAAAUUCUGGUCUUGGAUCUCGGUCUGAGUUCAGAAUUUUAGUUACAGAAUUCCGGUCCAGGAUUCAGUUUACAAUUUCGGAUCCAGCAGUCAACUUCGAAACUGAGUUCUGUAAUCCCGAUGCAGAUUUUAGAAAAUCUUCAAAAUAUAUUUCCUGAAUUCAGUUACACUUUGAGAAUUGUGAAAGAGAAUAUCGAAAUCAAAUUCUAAACCUGCAUUCGGGAGCUAAACUCUGAACCUGCUUCAAAAAAUGCAAUUUUGAACUGAAUUCUGGAAAUACAACUGAGUUUUGGAUCUAAAUUCUGGUCCUGGAUCUCGGUCUGAAGUUCCAGAACUUCAGAUUCAGAACUCAGUUUCCGAAUUCUGAACCUGAAUUCUAAGUCUGAGCAGAAAUUUGGGAACACAAAUUUGGUCUGAUCCUCAAUUACAGUUCUAGAGUUUCGGUGCCAAGUCCAGUAUUUAUCUCCAGAUUCCAAGUUUAGCAUCAAGAUCCUGACAUUGAUCCAAAAUCCAAGUUUAGAAUUGAGUCCUCAAAUUCGGUUUAAGUUGCAGAAUUCUAGAAUUCGAUUCUGGUCCUGGAUUCUGGACAAGGAAAUGAGUUUAAGAUCUGUGUUCUUGAAAUGAAAAAAAAAAUGGUGCUUGGAUUCGGAAACCGCAUUUCAGAACUGAAUUCCAGAAUUGUAUUCUGGACCAGUAUUCUGAUCUGAGCUGAACGAGAAUCGAAGAAUUAAUUUUUUACCUGCUUUACCUCAAAUAUUUUGGAAAUCUUGUGUUUAUCUCAUACUUCCGAAAAUUCUAUCACAAAUUGGUGAUCAUAUCUCCGAUGACGUGGAGGAAAAAUAUGUUGAUAUAAAAACUUAUCACUCCCCCAGAGUGUAAAUUCUGAAGAGGCGUCCCAUAGUAAAGUAAUACGUAUUUAUGUCAAAAGACUUGUCAUAAGUCAAGUAAUUGCUGGAAAAUGCCAGCCAGGAGGAUACUUGUUCAUUGACAUUUUGUCAUUCUAAAGACUGUCCCAGAAAGUAUGGACGCACUUUGAUUUCGCUGUAAAUAAUGCACAAGUGUUAGAUAUUCAAAUUUCAUUCGAUAUACUGAUAAUAUUAGACUACAACAACAGAAUAAUAUUCUCAACUUUUGCUACAUAGCCAUUGUAGACUAGCUGGCGCGUCUUCUUGCGAACGUUCCUCAUUAAAUUCCGGACAGACUUCUUGGCGACAGGUUUUGACACUUUUUUCCAAUCUUUUUCGAACUGUUGAAUGGUUUCGGCUGCCGAGACAUGUUUCCCUAAGAUGUGCCUUCGUUAAUGCCAUAAAUUCCUCAAUUGGUCGAAGUUAUGGGAAAUUUGGUGUACUCAUGUCUUUUGGGACGAAAGUGACAUUUUUGGUAGCAUACCAUUCCACCAUUGAUUUCGAACAGUGGCAAAAAGCAAGAUCUUGCCAGAAGACAACAGGAUUCUUGUGGCUUCGAAUCAUGGGUAGAAGUCGUUUUUGUAAACAUUCCUUGAUGUAUAUUUCGCUAAUCAUUGUAGCAGUGGUGAUGAAGAGUUUCGAAAUCUUACCGCAGCUACAAAUUGCUUGCCAGACCAUAGCUUUAUUACCAAAUUUUUCGACUUCAAUCGAUGUCUCGGAAAGGUUUAACACUUGCUCUUCUCGCACCGUACAAUAUUGUGAUCCCGGCAAGGAUUUGUAAUCGAGUUUCACGUAGGCUUCGUCGUCCAUGAUUAAGCAGUUCAAAUUUUCAGCAAGAAUCAUAUUGUACAGCUUUCGAACCAUCGGCCUGAUCGAUGCUUCUUGUUUCGGACUACGUUUUGGUUGUUUCUGCUUCUUAUAGGUUCGAAGAUUCAAACGUUCUUUAGCACGAAGAACAUUUGACUUCGAAGUGCCCACUUUUUUGGCCACAUUUCGAACUGAAACCUCCGUCAGGACCUCUUUUCGACCCGGUUUCGGUUUAUCCUCAAAGGUGUUAUCCUCACCGAACUUCCUGAUUGCAUUUCGCAUGGCUUUUUCACUUACUCUUUCCAUUUUUACUAUCUUUCUCAGUGACAGUCCGCGUUCUGUGCACCUUUUGUACACAAUUUAUCGACGUUGUUCUGCUGAAAGUCCAAGCAUUUCGAAACAAACUUAUUGAAAACGAAUAAACAACUGCACAAUUGGUUAGAGAAGAGUGUAAACAACAGGACACAGCCAUAAAAAUUGACAGAUUCUGAACCAUUGCGAAAUGGCAGCGGUUUUUGGUUGCGUUCUGGGACAGUCUUUAGCAAAGUCUUGGUAUUGUGAAAAUUUUACCAUUCUGUUUCAACAGACUUCGCAGCCGUACUUAAGGUUCUGCUUACAGUCUCAAUAAAACAGCCAUUUUUGAAAAACCCUAAAGCAGUUUCCUCCGCUACUGCUUGAUGAAUCUUCAAGCUCAGGUUCCAAAUAAACUGAUAUUUUUCUUUUAAAUUCCCGCUCAACGACCGCAAAAAAAACUGCUUUUACGUUUUGCA